CUCCUCCAACUUUCCUUAAUUUUAUAAACCCCUUAUAUAUAUAAAAUUUUAUAAUUCCAUAUAAUUUUGUAAUUUAUAUAUAUUUCUUCUUUUUACUUUUAAUUUAGUUUGUUUGUUCAAUUGUUUAAUACCAACUAUCUAAACUCAAUUCAUUAAUUAAAUUAAGUAUUGAUAUCAAUUCUUAACUUUUCACUGGUUCAAUUUGUAAAUUACAUCGAAAAUUAUUUAUCGAAGCAAUUACAAUUAAUCUAACUCUUGUGUAUAUUCAUAACUCAAUUCAUUUAUUAUUAUAAUAACAACAAUACAAUUUCAUAAUGUUGGCCAUUGGUGAUACCAUUUUACGUGGAUUUAACUUUAUAUUCUUAGUCAUUGCCUUAGGUUUGACUGGUUCAUUGGCUGCUACCACCAUUACUCAAUCCAAUCCUCAAAUUAAUUUCGGGGUCUUUGCUGCAGCUUUUGGUAUUUUAACUUCAUCUUUCUAUGGUGUUUUAGCUUAUUUCUUUGAAGUGUUUGCUUGGCCAAUCAUCUUAUCUUUAUUAGAUUUCUUAAACUUUGUUUUUACUUUUGCUGCUGCUACUGCCAUUGCUGCUGGUAUUAGAGUUCACUCUUGUAAAAAUGAAGAAUACCUUAAAGACAACAAUAUUACUCAAGGUUCUACAGGAAGAUGUAGAAAGGCUCAAGCUUCAGUUGCUUUCCUUUACUUUUCCUUCUUUGUCUUCUUAGCUUCUGGUAUAUUUUCCAUCAUCUCCGUUGCUCAAGGUGGAUUAUUCGGUACCUCAAGAAGAUCUGCUCCAAGAGUCGGUAUUCCAACCACUUCUCAAGUUUAAUUGUGAUGUUGCUUACUUUUUUUACUUUAUACGUUCAAUUCUAAUUAAUUGUAACCUUCUAAGUUAAGGUUCUGUUAGCAUUUCCAAUUGUUCAUUGUUUAUAUAAAUUUUAAUUACUCAUCACAUUAUCUAACUUAUUCGAUCGUUCAAGUCAUAUGAAUAUCAAUUUACCAACCAAAUCGCUCAUUGAUACACUAUUUCCUAUUCAAUUAAAUUUUUUGUUAACAGUAUUAUUAUACACAUUCUUUCUCCCGUUACCCCCAUCUUUUGUUUC